AUGCGUCUACGAUGGAUAUUUUCAUGGCAUAUGUAUAGUGUUCAAUCAACUGACAAUUCGAAUGUUGCUCGGAACAAGAAAAAAUUAGAAGAACUCGAAGAAAUCAAUGAAGAUAAACGAGAAAAAGAGUUAGGAACAAUUUAUUCAUCGUCGAAAGCAAAUCAAUUUUUAACAUAUGAUAAAUGUAUGCAGCGUAUGAAAUGUCCAGUCAAUCGUAAAGAAGAAUGUAGUGAAGAAUGUAAAACAGGUAAUACAGAAGAAGAAAUUGAAGAACAUAUUGAAUUAACGAAAGAUGAAAGUCGAAAUUCAUUCACUAAAGCACCGAAACAAAAAUAUGAACCAAAUGUAGCUCCCAAGAAAAGUCCGAGUAAAACCAAACAUUCAUCAACAGGCAAAACUGAUUUGUAA